UGGCCGAUCUAGCGCCCGCGGUGCUCUCCGGGAUCCGACAUUUGUCGGCGAGACAGCAUUUCCUUGGUGCCAAUCAACGUUGUCGCGCAAGAGGUAAAGUCGGAGGAGGUUAACAAACCACUUCCAACGCGCCACUGGCAAGGAAAUUGUCUUCCUCUUCUCCACGAUGUACAGAACCAAAGUGGGCUUGAAGGACCGCCAGCAGCUCUACAAGCUGAUCAUUAGCCAGCUCCUCUACGAUGGCUACAUCAGCAUUGCUAAUGGCCUCAUUAAUGAAAUCAAGCCUCAGUCUGUCUGUGCACCCUCGGAGCAGCUCCUGCAUCUCAUCAAACUAGGAAUGGAAAAUGAUGAUACUGCAGUUCAGUAUGCAAUUGGUCGUUCAGAUACAGUUGCCCCGGGCACAGGAAUUGACCUGGAGUUUGAUGCAGACGUCCAAACUAUGUCCCCAGAGGCUUCAGAGUACGAAACAUGCUAUGUCACAUCCCAUAAAGGACCGUGUCGCGUAGCCACCUACAGUAGAGAUGGGCAGUUAAUAGCUACUGGAUCUGCUGAUGCUUCCAUAAAGAUACUUGACACAGAAAGAAUGUUGGCCAAAAGUGCCAUGCCAAUAGAGGUCAUGAUGAAUGAGACCGCACAACAGAACAUGGAAAACCACCCAGUGAUUCGAACGCUUUACGACCACGUGGAUGAAGUCACGUGUCUCGCUUUCCACCCGACAGAACAGAUCCUUGCCUCUGGUUCAAGGGAUUAUACUCUUAAAUUAUUUGACUAUUCCAAACCAUCUGCAAAAAGAGCCUUCAAAUACAUUCAGGAAGCUGAAAUGCUACGCUCCAUCUCUUUUCAUCCUUCCGGAGACUUUAUACUUGUUGGGACUCAGCAUCCUACUCUUCGGCUUUAUGAUAUCAAUACAUUUCAGUGUUUUGUCUCUUGCAAUCCUCAAGAUCAACACACCGAUGCUAUAUGCUCCGUGAAUUACAAUCCUAGUGCCAAUAUGUAUGUAACUGGUAGCAAGGAUGGCUGCAUCAAGUUAUGGGAUGGUGUUUCAAAUCGAUGCAUCACAACUUUUGAGAAAGCCCAUGAUGGUGCUGAAGUUUGUUCUGCCAUUUUCUCCAAAAAUUCUAAAUACAUUCUCUCCAGUGGAAAAGACUCUGUAGCUAAACUUUGGGAGAUAUCAACAGGACGAACACUGGUCAGAUACACAGGCGCCGGCUUGAGCGGGCGGCAGGUGCACCGGACGCAGGCCGUGUUCAACCACACCGAGGACUACGUACUGCUGCCGGACGAGAGGACCAUCAGCCUCUGCUGCUGGGACUCUCGCACAGCCGAGCGCCGGAACCUGCUCUCCCUGGGCCACAACAACAUCGUGCGCUGCAUUGUGCAUUCGCCCACCAACCCUGGCUUCAUGACGUGCAGCGAUGACUUCCGAGCACGGUUUUGGUACCGGAGAUCAACCACGGACUAGCCCCCCUCCAGGAUAUGGGGUUCUUUUCUUGAGGACUGUGCCCCUCCUGCCCCUCCGUCCCAUCACCAGCUCCAGCUCCGGUAGCAAGUCACUGCAUCACCUGGCAGUCGUGCUGCCGCCUCUCCAUCCUUCUUGGAUUUGUACAAAAGAACCUUUUUUUACCUUGAUGUAGAAUCAUGGUGGGAAAAGUUGGAAACGCAGAUCUGUGCGGUGGUUCUGCAUUCACUGAUUAUUACAGUGUGAUUUUCAUCGGUUUUGUAAAUACAGGACUUGCCAUUUCUCUUGAAUCUCUUGAUCAUUUGAAGAAGGAUAGAGUAUUAAAGUGCUUUCUAGAUCUCAAGUGGAUCUGUCCUGAGGAAUUUUCAUUUGGUGGUUUUGUCAACUUCUGUGCCUGUUCUACAACCUCUUUAUAUAUCUCCUUGCAGAAUACAUUUGGGCAGAUAAGUAGGCAUACAGCUCUGAGAAUCGAGUGUUGUGCCAUAUUAAAACCAUUUUAGAGAAUCCCAUCAGUUCUAUCCUAAAAUGACAUCAUUCUGAAAAUAAAGCUCGGAUCUCCAACUUUAGUGUUACACCUUUUUCACUUCCAUAAAAUUAGCGGCCAGUUUUUCCUGAAGAUUUGUAGGACACAGUAUGUUUCGUCAUAGGUCCCACCUUCUCCUUUCAUUGCCUGCAAUGCUUAUCUUCAGUAAACACUUCUCGUAAGAUUAUUACCAGUUGAUGGAAAACCUAACUGAAGAUCCAUCCAAUCUAUCUAAUCAAAAUUAGGUGACCCCGCUGCUGCUCUCCGGUGUUGCUUGUUUCACAGAUGAUUACUAUCGAUCAACUUUGUUCUUGGGUAAUUUUAAAUCUCAUUUUUCAGUUCUCUUCAGCAUGAGUCGUCACUACUCAUCAUGGAUGCACACCGCAGCUAUGUUCUUGGAAGAUUUUUGCAGUUAACCAACUGAUAGGGGUUUUCUUUUUCUCAAAACUUUUUAGAAAGUGACACUAUUUUGGGCGCCUGGGUGGCUCAGAUGGUUAAGCGUCUGCCUUCGGCUCAGGUCAUGAUCCUGGGGUCCUGG